AGUUUGGCUUUUAACCUAUCGUCUUUUGAGCUGCAGUUUUAACCCAGUCUGUACAGGAAGUAACAACUGUCCAGAAGCGUCUGAAAGCCCUUGGGGCCAGCAGCCAGUGAGCGGAACCAGCACGUCCUGACAGACAGGUUUGCCCCGUCCCUUCCCUCCCUCCCCCUCCCACUCCCCCUCCCCUUCGCCCCCCCGUCCCUCUCCCUUUCACCCCUCUUCGGGACGGAGCCAAAGAACGCUCCGCCUGCGCGCGCCGCUUCCGUUGCCAUAGUGGCCGGGGGCGGGAGGCUGGCGCCUCCCAGCUUCUGUACUCCGCGAAGCAAAACCUAGGGAGCGGAGGCCUAGGCGAGGCGAGAGUCGCCGGCGUGCGUAACGUUGGCGCACGUGACUCCGGCCCGGCCUACAGGGCGCGUGCGCAGUGCGACUUGCGUGCCUCCUGGUCCCUGUCUGCCGGCAUUCGCGGCUGCGGGGCCCGGAGGUGGGACUGGCUUCCCGGUGCCGCGAGGACGGGUCCGGACAGCCUUCCCCCGAGUCCGGCGCACCAUCUCCCUGCCUUGUGGCUGGAGGCGCCGCGGACCCAAGGGAGGGACCAUCCCGGGAAGCAGCCCCGAGAGCGGAAGUGCAGAAUGGCUUCCUCGAGAGAGUAAAGUGCAGCCUCUCCAGACACUGGGGCCCAGUUGCUGGUAGGAGGAGUUGGCGGAAGCACUUGGAACUCAUUUAUAAGUGUCAGCUGUGAGAUUUUAAUUUGUUUUGAAAAUGAGUAAGUGCAGAAAGACACAAGUUCAGCAGCUAGCAAGUGCCGCGUCAUUCAGCCCAGAUAUUCUUGCUGACAUUUUUGAACUCUUUGCCAAGAACUUUUCUUAUGGCAAGCCACUUAAUAAUGAGUGGCAGUUACCAGAUCCCAGUGAGAUUUUCACCUGUGACCACACUGAAUUUAAUGCAUUUCUUGAUUUGAAGAACUCCCUAAAUGAAGUAAAAAACCUACUAAGUGAUAAGAAACUGGAUGAGUGGCAUGAGCACACUGCUUUCACUAAUAAAGCAGGGAAAAUCAUUUCUCAUGUUAGAAAAUCUGUGAAUGCUGAACUUUGUACUCAAGCAUGGUGUAAGUUCCAUGAGAUUUUGUGCAGCUUUCCACUUAUUCCACAGGAAGCUUUUCAGAAUGGAAAACUGAAUUCGCUACACCUUUGUGAAGCUCCAGGAGCUUUUAUAGCUAGUCUCAACCACUACUUAAAAUCCCAUCGGUUUCCUUGUCAUUGGAGUUGGGUAGCGAAUACUCUGAAUCCAUACCAUGAAGCAAAUGACGACCUCAUGAUGAUUAUGGAUGACCGGCUUAUUGCAAAUACCUUGCACUGGUGGUACUUUGGUCCAGAUAACACUGGUGAUAUCAUGACCCUGAAAUUCUUGACUGGACUUCAGAAUUUCAUAAGCAGCAUGGCUACUGUUCACUUGGUCACUGCAGAUGGGAGUUUUGAUUGCCAAGGAAACCCAGGUGAACAAGAAGCUUUAGUUUCUUCUUUGCAUUACUGUGAAGUUGUCACUGCUCUGACCACUCUCGGAAAUGGUGGCUCUUUUGUUCUAAAGAUGUUUACUAUGUUCGAACAUUGUUCCAUAAACUUGAUGUACCUGCUAAACUGUUGUUUUGACCAAGUCCAUGUUUUCAAACCUGCUACUAGCAAGGCAGGAAACUCCGAAGUCUAUGUGGUUUGCCUCCACUAUAAGGGGAGAGAGGCCAUCCAUUCUCUGUUAUCUAAGAUGACCUUGAAUUUUGGGACUGAAAUGAAAAGGAAAGCCCUUUUUCCCCAUCAUGUGAUUCCUGAUUCUUUUCUUAAGAGACAUGAAGAAUGUUGUGUGUUCUUUCAUAAAUAUCAGCUAGAGACUAUUUCUGAAAACAUUCGUCUAUUUGAGUGCAUGGGAAAGGCGGAACAAGAAAAGCUGAAUAAUUUAAGGGAUUGUGCUAUACAAUAUUUUAUGCAAAAAUUUCAACUGAAACAUCUUUCCAGAAAUAAUUGGCUAGUAAAAAAAUCUAGUAUUGGUUGUAGUACAAAUACAAAAUGGUUUGGGCAGAGGAACAAAUAUUUUAAAACUUAUAAUGAAAGGAAGAUGCUAGAAGCCCUUUCAUGGAAAGAUAAAGUAGCCAAAGGAUACUUUAAUAGUUGGGCUGAAGAACAUGGUGUAUAUCAUCCUGGGCAGAGUUCUAUUUUAGAAGGAACAGCUUCCAAUCUUGAGUGUCACUUAUGGCAUAUUUUGGAGGGAAAGAAACUGCCAAAGGUAAAAUGUUCUCCUUUUUGCAAUGGUGAAAUUUUAAAAACUCUUAAUGAAGCAAUUGAAAAGUCAUUAGGAGGAGCUUUUAAUUUGGAUUCCAAGUUUAGGCCAAAACAGCAGUAUUCUUGUUCUUGUCAUGUUUUUUCUGAAGAACUGAUAUUUUCCGAGUUGUGUAGCCUUACUGAGUGCCUUCAGGAUGAGCAGGUUGUAGAACCCAGCAAUCAAAUAAAGUGCCUGCUGGUGGGCUUUUCGACUCUCCAUAAUAUCAAAAUGCAUAUACCGUUGGAAGUUCGACUCCUAGAAUCAGCUGAACUCACAACUUUUAGCUGUUCAUUGCUUCAUGAUGGAGAUCCAACUUACCAGCGUUUAUUUUUGGACUGCCUUCUACAUUCAUUGCGGGAGCUUCAUACAGGAGAUGUUAUGAUUUUGCCUGUACUUUCUUGCUUCACAAGAUUUAUGGCUGGUUUGAUCUUUGUACUCCACAGUUGUUUUAGAUUCAUCACUUUUGUUUGUCCCACAUCCUCUGAUCCCCUGAGGACCUGCGCAGUCCUGCUAUGUGUUGGUUAUCAGGACCUUCCAAAUCCAGUUUUCCAAUAUUUGCAGAGUGUGAAUGAAUUGUUGAGCACUUUGCUCAACUCUGACUCACCCCAGCAGGUUUUACAGUUUGUGCCAAUGGAGGUACUCCUUAAGGGGGCCCUGCUUGAUUUUUUGUGGGAUUUGAAUGCUGCUAUUGCGAAAAGGCAUUUGCAUUUCAUUAUUCAAAGAGAGAGAGAAGAAAUUAUCAACAGCCUUCAGUUACAAAACUGAACAUAUUCUUUCUGAGAUUCAACUUUAUGACUUCUUAUAAUUUGCCCAGUAUUUGCAUCUUGUUGCUCUAUUAAUUUAAAAACCUUUUAUUUUGGGGAAAGGCCAACAUUUGCAUCAUUCAAAGUCUCAUUAAUUCUGGAAAACCAUCCAUUCUGAUCUCUAGGGUAUAUACACCCACAGGCAUAGAGCUCUUCCACGUGGUGGAAUCUAUGCAAUGAUAGAUAUUCACACUCUAUGAGGUGUGUGUAUGUGUAUGGGUGGCCACAGCCAUGCUUACCUAUGCCAUUUAGUUGUUCUUACUUAAUCUGCUUAAGAUUUGCAUCGGUGUACCUUUGUUCAGAUUAGUUUUUUUUUCCAGCCGAUUUCCUCUUAGUGGCUAAUGCUGUUAGUGAAUUUUCCAACUAAUUUCCUCUCAUUGGUUAAUGUUGUUAAUGAAUUGAGAGAGGUAAUUGAGGAAAGGAAAUGGGUAAAUCACUGUUCAGCAACACUGAUUUCCGUUAACACAUCAGUUAUGAAUUUCAGGGAAUUCAUCUCACCAGAUUCUUGAUAACAUGCCAUUCAUUGCCCUUAGGUGAUUGACCCUGUUUUCUUAUAUGGCUCAAAUAAAACUAGUAUGCUGUUGUAUGAAUCUUUUACUGACCACACCAUCCAACUAUAAAAAUAUAACGGGACAGCUUUAAACCAAAGAUCAUGUUUAGAACAAUGAAAAAUUAUUUGUUGUAUCUAAUACACGCCUGUAUUGUGAAAAGCUUCAUUUAGCAAUGAUGUAAUAAUUUUUAACUUCCAGGAAAUAAUCUGUGAAUGGAAAGAUUUUUUAAGAUUUUGAGAUAGUGUUUAGUCUCAUGUUGGGAACACAUGAAUGUGAUGAACAUAGUGAAUACUAAAGAAAACGCUUCAGACUUCAGAAUGAUGGUUCAGAAUUUAAAAUUUUUAAUCUUUUCUAAUUUCUUUUUUUCAGUGUGAAAAUAGCACUUUACCAAAAGAUUAGCCAUGAAAUGGUUAUUUUGCCAGUUACAUUUGAUUUCUUUUGUAUCUGCAAUGUAAUGAGUUAUUUUAUUUCUUCUGUAUUUGCAGUGUAAUGAGUUUUUGUGGCAAAGUGUAUUAAGCAAUUUUUCAUUAUCUUGAAGUUCCACAAAGUGGAGAAUAUUUAUAUUCUCACAUGCAUUUUAGGCACUUUUGAUAUGUGAAAAUAGAUGUAUUUUCUGAUGCAUUUGGUUAAUAAAUAUUAAUCUGAAAAUUUUCAUGUUCUUUGCUAUUUUGAAUUCCAUUAUAGAUUCAUGAAUAAAGUCAUUACUAGAGA